UUUGUAUAGGAAUUUCCUGUAACUUUGUGACAGUUUAGUUCGCUAAAUCAAAUUGUGGUCUUUAUGUGCGUGUUGGCCAGUGAGUUAGGCAUAGUUGUGCGCUUUUGACGUCGUCAACAUGGCCAAGAAAAUACCUUUCAACGUGGUGUUCGCCUCAGAUGAGGACGUCAACUUUCCGGCCAGCGAGCUUAACAAUCACGGACCCACUGUUCACGGAUGGCGGAGUGCUCCGGACUGCGGGCUCGACUCGCAUGACAUUAUACUCCGUUUUCAGCAGCCGGCAAAGAUCUACCGGAUACAGCUUCUGGCCCACCAGUAUCUUAUACCUGAGAAAGUGGAGCUCUGGCUGCACUACUCGCCCAAAUCCCUGCCCAGCACUCCAUCCUCGCAGUACUUUGACUUCCUGGGCUUCGUUGCCUUGGCGGACAAUGCGAACACCAACUACAAGUCGCGGGAGCUGCAGAGCGUCACCGUGUGUCCCCGGCGGGGCACCCACCUCAAGUUGCGUCUGAUUGGCGUGCAGGGCAACGACUACAAUGGCACGGGUCAGAUCUCGCUGCUGGCUGUGAAUGUCCUUGGCGAGGAUCUGGAAGUGGGGCCAACCAAUGGCAAUGGAGAGGAACACUUGAGCAACGAGGCACCACCGCUGGACACGGCUACCGGGGAACUGGCCCUGGCCUCCAUUUGCGACGACCUGCUCUUCUCCAUGUACGUGGAGGAGUCAAUUGUGCAGUCCAUCCGGGAGUUGGAGCAGCGCAAGGUAUUGGCCGUCAAUGCCGAACGGUUUGAGUAUGCCCGCAAACUAAAGCUCUGCAUGACCGCUCUGAGGAGCGCCGGCGAGCGUUUGGGACGCUAUGCGCUGGCCAAACGGCAGGCUGUCCAGCAGGAGGACUUCACCACGGCGAGGCUGCGCAAGGAGCAGAUCGAGAUGUACAGGGCAGCCGUGCUGCGCCAAUUGCAGGUGCAGCAGCUGCUGGAACCGCAGGGCGUGGCACUCGGCACCAAUGACCAGAGCUGUGAGAUCUAUGCCGGCGGUAAGCCCAGUCUGCCGGCCGCUCCGAGUCUCCAGGAUGUGGCCCAGGCCCUGGCAGAAGCCACCUACAGUCCCAAGAGCCUGACGAGUCUCAGUUUGGACGACAAGUCCUCCACGGAUGGCUCGCAGGGACAGCCUGGUAAUGAUAGUGUGGUGGCCACUCCUGCUCCCGCUCCUGCGCCCACCUCCCUGCAGGCCACGCCCACUCCCUCGCUGGGCGGCUGGCGCAAGUCACACGAUGAGCUGCCCCAGUCGCCGCGGCUGCCCUCGCGGCACAGUUCACCCAUGUCCAGUCGCCAGGGAUCGCUGCGCAGGCGUAACAAGAGCGUUCCGCGGAACUCCUACGAGGAUUACGAGGAGCGGGCCAUUCCCACGCUGCGACAUUCAAAUACUAAUGAAUUUUUAAGGGAGUGCCAAGGCAACGCGCUUUUGGAAGCGGAUCCUAACCGGGGACGUUCGCGUUUGAACGACCGCGAACGCCGCCAGGCAGCCCUACCCAUCCUGGUCUUCGGCAGUGAGUUGGUGGAGCAGUUCUAUUCACGUCAAUUUCAGGAUCGAGAGGAUGGCUUGCUGCGCCUGCGCACCUUUCUCAAGGAUCACGACCUGGAGGACGUUUCGGGCAACGAGCAUGCCGCAAGUCCCAACAAAGUGGCCCGCAGUGCAGCCCUGCUCCUCCAUCGCGCCGUGAGGGACGCCGUUUACUCCGUAUUCGGCCAGGCCACGGAAACGGUGCGCAUGCUGUUCCUGGAGUACGUGCCCGGUCGAGUUUCGCCCAACGAGGUGGCUCGCUGUGUGGACCGCCUGCUGCCCGAACUGCUGGCCAAGUCCGGUGAUCCAUCGGCUCGACUGCACACCCUGGCCCAGCACACGAUCCUAAGUAUCGCCGCGUGUCCGGAGGUAGCGGAGCAGCACCUGGUUGCCCCGGCACUGUCGCGAAGCGUUGGAUCUGGAACCCACCAGCGACUGGCCAUGAGCCGGCUGCAGAUGUUGGAGCAACUGGUGCACACACAGGGCAUCAGCACGGACAAGCACAGUGGGCUCACCUGCAGGGCACUGUCCGAGUGCGGCUGCUCCGGCAUCCAUCAUCCGGCGGAGCCUGUGCGAAAGGUGGCCGAACGCAUCCUGCUGCUCGUCUACAAGGUUAAUCCCCGCCUGGUGCGCAAACAACUGCCUCCGGAUGACGACAUCACGCGCCGCAAUCUCCUCUACCGCCAACUCUUCACCGAGUUUGACAAAUUGGACUUGGAUCGCAAGCAGGAGCUGUUGGAGGCCAACAAAUACGGCGGCGGUCAUAGCUCGGGGGAUGCGGCCACUCCGCCAGCGGAUAAGGCUUCAACCAGCUCGGAUGCUUCUCGGCUGAUGACCAGCCGGAGUGGACAUGGUCUCGGCCCAGUGGCCAGUUCCAACAACGGAUACGCGAGUUGCAAUGGAAAACAGCAGUACAACGAGCAGCUGAAGCGCUCCAUGCUAUCCGUAUCCAACUCGUGCAAGGGAUCCGCUUCCAACUCGGAGUCCACUGAAGAUAAUUCACCUAAGAUACGUUGCCCCUUCUGCGACUGGUCGUGUGUUGGCAGUGACGCUAGCCAGUUGGACCGACACUACUGGAAGGCCUGUCCGUUCCUCACCAAGUGCCCACAAUGCAGUCAAGUGCUGGAGGUAGCCGCCCUCAACUACCACCUGACUACGGAAUGUGAUGCCAAGGAGAGCUAUGUGGUCUGUGCCCGCUGCACUGAAUCCGUGCACAAGCAGCUCUACGAGUUGCAUCAGAUGGAGGACUAUUGUCGGGAACUGAAAACGGGAGCUGCCCGAUGUCCUUUGUGUCAUGACGAUGUGCAUCUGCCCCAGGAUGGCGGCUGGAAAUUACACCUUCUCAGUGCCGGCGGUUGUCCCGGGAAUAUACGCAAAAAGAAUCUCAAAAAGUCAAAUUAGGAACCGUAAAAUUAACCGAUCUAUUGGCAUGCGUAGCGAAUUUAUUAGGGCAACUAUACCAGUCAGGAAGCGUACUGAAAAGAGCUAACUAAUUGCAUCUGCAGUAGCAAUAGCCGUUGAGUUUAUUAAUUAAAUUUUGUUUCACACUCCCCACAUUUAAUUAAGACACAUUUUGUUAAGCAAAUUAGUUAGACUUAUUUAUACAUAUAUAUGUGCAUUCUUUUGUAUUUUUUGUAAACAAUGUGAUUUGUUAACUGUAACGCGAAUUUUUCGAAACGUCCUUACAAUAAAUAAAGCCCAUCCAUA